AUGAAGAGAAACAAAAAGUUAUUUCAACUCUACGCUUCAACAUUGUCAACAGAGAAUGGUCAAUUGACAACUGGCAGUCCUGCAUCACCUACAAGAUCAGAAGUUUCGUCUUCUAAUGAUUCGAAUACUGUUUCAGCUCAAAGACAAACAGCUUGCGUUUCACCUCCAACCAUUUCCACAACCUCAACAUCCACCUCCAUCACUCACAAUCAACCCCAAACCAAUUCUCCAAGAUCUCCUCACAUUAAUCCAACAAAUAGUCCACUUUCGAAUAAUCUUUCACAUACCAAUAUUGCUAACUUACUCAUGCCUUACGCACCAACCACAAUCAAAACUACUAACACAGCCUCAUUCUAUCCAAGACCAGCUCAUCUUUCUAAACUUUCACCUCCAUCACCACUUGUUGGUAAUAAGUGUACGAAACUUGUCUAUUCGAAUAUUGUUGCUAACUUUCCAAAUUGUCCUUCUUCACCAACAACAACUGUUACAACGACCACUACAGUAGAACAUUCACCUAGUAGAACCUAUUCGAAUGUUCACUUUCCAGAAAAGGAAGACUUGUACAGUAAAUUGUGGGAUCAAAUUGAUUCAUUCACUCUUCAGACAAAUAACAGCAAGAUACAUAAACAACACAAGAUGUCGAAACCUCACAAGCAAUUGAUCUCGACAAGGUCCUCCUCCACUACAAGACGAAUGAAAAUUUCCAUUUCAGAGUUGUUGUGUUAA